UGUUAUAUGCCUUUACCAACACUUAUCAAUAUAUUGGACGAAAAUGUGUAUACAAAAGUUAAAGUAACCAUUUUCAUGAGUGAUAAGGGCCAAUUGUUUAGUGCGAGACAUUCGAGCGCCCAGUGACAGGGCAGGUAUAAUCGCCAAAAGCGCGCAAUGGGUCGCGCAUCGUAGUUUUUGUUCAUCGGCUGCUGGCGGAUAGAAGAAUCCGCAUCCGCUGUAAAACGUUUUAGCUAAAAUCGGGUAGUUUCGCGGUUGGAAGCGUGCCAAGGAGCCAGAGAGGAGUGAUCAUGACCCUGGAGACGCAGCCCGUUGGUGGGGUGUGCGAUGGGAAAAUUGCCGGACUCUAUGACUUGGAAGAGACCCUUGGUUCCGGACACUUUGCUGUGGUUAAGUUGGCACGACAUGUCUUCACCGGCGCCAAGGUUGCCGUCAAAGUGGUAGAUAAGACCAAAUUGGAUGAAGUGUCCAAGGCGCAUCUAUUUCAGGAAGUGCGAUGUAUGAAGCUUGUACAGCACCCAAACGUCGUUCGUCUCUAUGAAGUCAUCGACACCCAGACCAAGCUGUACCUGGUGCUAGAGCUAGGAGAUGGCGGCGAUCUAUAUGAUUACAUAAUGAAGCAUGAUACCGGGCUAAGCGAGGAACUGGCCCGGAAAUAUUUCCGCCAAAUCCUACGUGCAAUCACGUACUGUCAUCAGCUACACGUGGUGCACAGGGACCUUAAGCCGGAAAACGUGGUGUUUUUUGAAAAGCUAGGCUUGGUCAAGCUGACCGACUUUGGAUUCAGCAACAAAUUCUCGCCGGGGCAAAAACUUGAGACUUUCUGUGGAAGCUUGGCAUACUCUGCUCCGGAGAUUUUGCUGGGUGACUCCUACGAUGCUCCAGCAGUAGACAUUUGGUCAUUGGGAGUGAUCUUGUAUAUGCUAGUAUGCGGUCAGGCGCCUUUUGAAAAGGCCAAUGACUCGGAAACCCUCACAAUGAUCAUGGACUGCAAGUAUACGGUGCCGUCUCAUGUGUCGACGGACUGCCGGAAUCUUAUUGCGUCGAUGCUGGUAAGGGAUCCAAAGAAACGGGCCACCGUUGAGGAGAUUGCUGCAUCGGCCUGGCUGAAAUCAAUUGAUGAGCCAGACGGCACUACAAAUGCAUCGGGCACCACGGAACACUUUCUUCCAUUGGUCAGCCGAGAGCAGCUGGGUGAGGAAGACCACGCUUUUAUCAUUCAAAAAAUGAUAAACGGAAAUAUUGCGUCCAAGGAAGAGAUAUUGCAGGCUCUCGACAAAAACAAGUACAAUCACAUAACGGCCACGUAUUUUUUGCUGGCGGAACUUCGGCUACGCCGGCGGCGAGAAGAACUGGCCCAAAAGCAGAGGCUAUUAAACGAUCCUGGCUUAAAGUCUGGUGAACCAACCCGCAAGCCUGUGCCGGAAAAACCUAGUCCCACAGAAGCUCUCAAGGAAGCUGUAUCCAUCAGCAUUAAUGUGACAUCCGCAGGUCAUCUGGGAAACGAUGCCGGAAAACCAGACAAGCGCAGCCGCAAGUGCAGUAUUGUGAGGGAGGAGGAUGAAGAGGAAUCGUCUAACGAAUGCUCGGGCACUGGAAACGAACUCGUGGUGUCAUGCCCGCGGAGGGUAACAGACUCUGUGGACAUUCUCUGCCGACCAAUUAAAGAGCAGGCAAAAACAGAGCCACCAAGCCCUGCUAAGGGUCAGAAUUCGCCCAGUUUUGGAGUCCCAAGCAAUUCUCGCACAAAGAUAGUCGUUUCCGUAGACGCUACACUGGCCCAGAAGCUAAAGCAGAUGGAAAAGAGUGCCAAGAUUGACGAGGACACGCUGAGUGGCCUUAAAGAACUGGAAAUAGGAAAGCUAAAGCCGUUGCCAAGCAGCAGCAAGAACCCAGUGCUUACACACCGGCGCACAAAAUUGAACAAAAUCCGAACACCGUCCUGCAGCAGUUCGGAGGCAUCAGACGAUGACACCAAAACGCGAAAUAAGAAAAAAAUCAACAAGUUCGUAGGAGACACCCCCGUGCGGUUUCGUAUGCACCGACGGGACUCGCACGAUGACUCAAGCGACUCGCAGGAUCAGUUGUAUCCACCCCCAGGCUCGGCCAGCAGUGCUGCGAACUUUAUAUCCAAAGGAGGCUCUGUAAGCGGCAAAAAGGAGGGACAAUCACAGUGUAAAGAGCAAAACAAAUCUGAAGAAACAAGGAAAUCUCACACACAAAAAUGCCGGAAGCAGCAUAAGGACCAUGGUGACAAGCAUUCCCAGGCUGACAAACUACAAGCAGAGAGUACUACAGCUAAUACGGCAACUUCUUCGACUAGAAGGCGACGGAUGCGCGAAAGCCAAUCGCUUGACAGAAUCACAGAGGCUCAGGAGUACGACAUGCGGCACCGCUGCUACGCGGAAAGUGAGGCACCAUCCUCGUCAUCGUCGUCCACCCUACAUAUCGAUCAGAGAAACUCUCUGAUUAACCUGAACACUAGCACAUUCUCGCUUGCCGAAACCAAGGAGGAAUACGACGAGGACCCCGCCGGGAGUACCACAGACCAAAUCAUGAACACUUUGAAUGCAGCCAAAGCCACGUUGCAACAAGAGCAAUAUUUUAAAAACACCAUUCUAAGUAGAAACUUCAAUAGCCACAAUAAUAACAAUCAUGUUAGCAUCCAGAAAGUCUCUAACAACAGCCAGAAUCAGAAUCAGAGGAAGUCCAACGAAACACCAAAAGAUAUUUACAAUCUAAACUCAAUCGAGAAGAUCGAUCUGAUUUUGGAGGAUAAAAGCCUUACCAAAGCAAUACACGUUUCCGGCGCUAAAUGCUUUGUCACGAAGAAAAUCCGACGGCUUGGAAAGUAUUUUCCCGUGAUUAACUUCUCUUAAUAGACACAGUUACUUCAUUGCAAAGUGCAUUCUAACUUGGUUAAGCGAACUACGUAGAAAAUAUGAUGCAUGUAUUAAUUACAAAUCGUAAAAAGUUAUAUCCCGUAUAUAAGAAGCGCGCGAGAAUAUUUAAAUUUAGUGGUAGCGUAAUUGUUUUUGUCUGUCGUCAUAUUACGCUUAAAUUAUUCUAAAUAUAUUAAUUUAUGUAUAAUUGUAAGUCUAAUCACUCAAUGCAAUAUUUAGUGAAAAUACAUUAAACAAAUAUAAAGUGCCGCAUUAAAAAA